UCAACUCCUCCUCCGGCAUCUUAGUCCUCCCUGCUGGUUAAAAAUGCACCAGUCACAGUGAAAUCAACCUCAGUAGACGUGUAGCCUGAAGUGUGGUCAGACAUUUAUGUGAUAAUUGUCUGGGAGCUGCAAGACCAGUCCUAACCAAAAAUAAAAAAUGGCAGAAAAUUCAAACGGCUUGAAGCCAGACAUCUUCAGCGAUAAAGUUUACAUCUCAAAAAGAAGCAUCAGAAAGACCAUCAUUAAUAAGAUAUGGUAUAAACCCGUAGAGACUGAACUCAUCACUAAAGCUAAGGAAUCACUGUCUCCUGCUGGCUGUGCCAGUGAGAUGAAUCCUGUGUGCUGUGAUGCUCAGCAGGAAAUGAAUGAGUGUAAAAAUGUUAGUGAGCUCCAGAAGGCUGGAUCUGAGCCUGAGGGAGUGUCCAGCUUUGCCAGCCUAAGGGUGAAACUUGAAGAAGACUGGACUGAGUUUGAAUUGGCAUCACCUCCAGAAAUGCAACAGGAAGCCACAUUAGAUAAGAAUGUUGCAAAGCCAUCCAGGGAACACGAGCCGAAUUUAGAAAAAAAACAAACAGGCAAGCCACUUUAUGUUUUCGCAGCUAUGAAGAAGCGGAGCAUGGAGGGAGAUGCAGAAAACCGGCCUUACAAGUGCCCUUACUGCAGCUGGGCAUUCAAGAAGUCCAGCAACUUACUGAGCCACGUGGAGACGCAUAGCGGGCUGAAACCACACGUGUGCGAACUCUGCGGAAAAGCCUAUGCACAUCAGGGCACCCUGCAGCAGCACAAGCGGCUACACACGGGUGAGCGGCCCUAUAGCUGCCCAUUCUGCGACAAGACAUACACAUGGUCCUCUGACCACCGCAAGCACAUCCGCACGCACACUGGUGAGAAGCCAUACACAUGCACAGAGUGUGGCAAGGAAUUCGUGCGCUCGUCGGACCUGCGCAAGCACGAGCGCAACAUGCACACCAAUGAUAAGCCGUUCCUGUGUCGUGCGUGUGGCAAGACCUUCAAUAAGCCUCUAGCACUGCUACGGCAUGAGCGUACGCACCUGGGUGAGCGACCUUUCAUCUGUCAAGACUGUGGCAAAACCUUUGCGCUUCCCUCGCGCCUGGCUGAGCACCAGAAAGUGCACAGUGGCUUGCGGCCUUAUGUCUGCCCCGUUUGCACAAAAGCCUUCACUAAGUCCUCAAACCUGACUGAGCACCUGAGCGUGCACACGGGUGACCGUCCGUACACGUGUGCCGAGUGUGGUGUGGCUUUCGCCAUGCCCUCACGCCUGCUACGGCACCAGCGUGCACAUGCAACCCGACGACUGCAGCAGGUCCUUCAGCCACCAGUUUAGCGCUUAUGCUCUGUUCAUUACUUAGCAAUAUUCUGUCCCAUUAUGGCGAUACACCUGCAACAAUAAUGUUUAAAUACCUAGUAUUUUGUCUCUUUAUUGAUUAUAAAUAUACUCCGCAAAAAAAGAGAAAAGUCCCUUUUUCAGGAGACAGAUCAUUUUGUAAAAUCUAAAUAAGCUUUACAGAUCUUUAUUGGAAAGGGUUUAAACAAUGUUUUUCAUGCUUGUUCAAUGAACCAUAAACAAUCAUUGCACAUGCACCUGUGGAACAGUCCUUGAGACACUAACAGUUUACAGGCAGUAGGCAAUUAAGGUCACAGUUACAGUAACUUAGGACACUAAAGAGACCUUCCUACUGACAGUGAAAAACACCAGGAAUAUCUCACAGCAAGAACUGACAAAUCUGGUGCAGUCCAUGAGGAUGAGAUGCACUGUAGUACUUAAAGCAGCUGGUGAACACACCGGACAGGGCUCCUGAGAGGCACAGUGGCACAAUGGAAAAUUGUUUUUUGGGAGAUUGCAUGUUCACAUCCCAGUGAUACUACAGCCAUCCAUGGCCAGGAGCCAAGGGAGCAAAAUUAUCUGUGCUCUCUCUCCCCUGUCGAUCACAGUGACACUAGCCAAUACUAGUAGCCUGUGGUAAGAUGUGAACGACUGGCUUCUUGUGUCUCUGAAGAAGUACAUUAGCCUCCCCCCUCCCCAGUUGUUGGUUGUUGUAUAAUAGAGGAGAGCCGGUGUUUUGGUGGGAAUUGUCCAGUGACAAAAUUGGGAAGAAAGAGGGCAGGAGACUUGGGGUGGAUUAAAACAUAAAAAUUUUUGUUGGAAACUUGUUCUUAAUGCUGUUGCAUUUUUAGUGACUUUUUUGUGCAUCAUUAUUGUAACCUCAGCAGAACAGAGUUAAUUAAUAUGGCACAAUUGUUCACACUUAAUAUCUCUUUACAAAUUGUUUUUAAUAUUUAUUCCAUUUUGUUUUGUUGAUUUGCUUAGCAGUCUUUUAUGUAUUUUUUUUCUCUUUAUAAUAUUUAAUAAGUCUUUUACAUAUUAUUUUAGGCAUACAGUUUCUGUGACUUUGCAUUCACCUUUUAAUGCACACAUGUAGUCUUACAGCUGCAUCCAGUUUAAUAUUUAAUCCUUUUUUUGUUAGAGACCAUUAUUCGUUCUCACAUUCACCAUGCUUUUUUUCUCUCUCUUAUGGUUUGCAAAUGGUGAUGCGUUCAGUUUUUGUCACCUCCUCCAUGAUGGCAGUAGAUCCUUCCCCUGUAAUACCCAGUUGACAGCUAUCCAUUCUGAGUCAUGCUGCUGUGGAAGCCUGUGCCUUCUAAGCACACAUGUCCCUUACUACUAUUAGCACAAAGCUAAUUUAAGGCAGUAUCAAACCCCUGUAAUUGUAAGCCACCAGGACAACUUGUUCUAUAUGUUGACCACAGCUUGGACUGGCUUAGGGGCAUAAAACUACAAGAGUAAAGUACCCUACACUGUUGUUAAUAACUCACUGACAUGUUUACAUGAAUUCUCCCUAUAAAAAUACUAUUCACAGCCAAAGCAAUAAUAGCUUCGGCUUGACUUAGUCUUAUUAUCAUGACGUUUUCGCGAACAGAAAGUACAGACAGGUAUUUUCAAAGAUAUUUCUCCGAGAUCUCUUCAAGGUUGAAGCCCAGCACUGUAUAUACAUAAUUACAUUUCUUUUUUAAUAUCAGAAAGACCUUUAUCAAAGCAUUUCACACAUCUCAUUAUUUGGAUAAGGCUUUGGUUACAAAGUUUUGUUUCGUGGUUGUUGUUGUGUUUUUUGAUACUUGCCUUUUCCUGUUUCAGUGUCUUAAAAUGAAACCUGAACCAAGCACAAAAUUCUGCAGGAAUUUUGUAUACUGUUAACAGAUCAAGAAUGUUACUAUCAUCAGUUUCUGUAGAUUCAUAGUAUUUUAAAGACCUUGAUAUACUGGUAUUUAGUCAUUUUGUCUUUAAAUAUAUGAAUUUAUUUAAACAAAUAAUAAUACAUCCCAUUACCAAUGGAUUUCUGAACGCUAUCCAGCCUGUCAAAAGCGAAACAAUAACUUGUGUUUCAUGUGUUUUAUUAGAAUUUAAUCACCUGCAGUGUCACAAACAAAAUCAAGAAGGUGCAUGUUAAAAACUUUGAAGGCACUUCAAUGAUAUUGGGCUACACAGAAGUAACAUCAUUUGUAUUCUUUCAAUGCUAAAAUACAUGUAAAUAAAAAAAAAUCAUCAGUGGAUUCAUCUUUUGAUUGUUUACAUGUUUAACAUAAAGCAGAGUGAUUGUCUGUCGACAGAAUAUUUUCCCCUCUCUCUCUCUCGCUCAGUCUGUCUGACAUUUGGCCCCAGCUGAAUCCCGCUGUGCAGACUCAUGGUAAAAGGAGCCAUCAUCUAUCUUGUCGAAUUCUGUUGUCCUAAUUGGAAAAUUCCUUGAGGAAUGUAAAUUAUGCCCACAGUCACUCUCAUGGUGCUCAAUAUCGUACCAGUCUAAGGCACAUAACAUGCAGUCCUUUCCUUAUAUUUACUCCCAUUAUCCAAAGCCAAAUGUAAUACUGUGUGACAUUAACUGUCUUAGUGCAAGAGAAAAUACUAUAACUUUCUGUAAUAGUACAUCAACUGUUCAACACAUACAGUAUAAAACAAACAUACAGUGAAUUAAUUUACAAAUCCAAGAUAUUCUGAUAAUACAAAUAGUAAUUGGAUACAUUUAAUAAACAAUUGCUUUGAUACACUCAGUCAACAUGUUCACCAAACAUUAUUUACAAAACUAUUAAUAUCUUGCUAAGAUAUUGCCAUAAACUGAACAGCUGACAAGCGCAAUGUAAUUAUAAUGUGGCUUUGUGGAGGUGGUAUAAUAGUGACAAUUAUGAUGUUAUACACAUAUGAUUUUAUACACAUUAUUUUAUAUAUUCAUAUAAUUUGAUCCAAAACCUUAAUAACCAAAACCAAAAAUUACCCACCUAACUGUAGUAAUUUAAAAGAAUCCCUUAUAGAGUGAAUACUGUUAUAUCAGAAACCUGUUUUAAUGGCAAAAUAUCAAUGUAUAAUAAAUUUGUUCCCAAACUGUUGGUACCCAUAAAGGAAGUAGGCUUUUCACACUUCCUAAAUCCAAGUUGAACUGCUAAGGAUCACGAUUCCUUUCCAAAUGUAUGCAAGAGAACAGAAGAGUGUUCAAGAGUUAACAAAAGCAUUCGAUUGACUUCCAUUUAUUUUUGGUCAUCCAGCUCUCAGCUGUUCAAUUUCUUCAGUGAAAGACAGCAUAGUCUAAGCCCUCAAAUUCACUUCUGCAGCAUCUCAAAUGGCACAAAUAAUUAGUCUCUCCAAAAAAUAUUUGGUGAUGACCAUGAUUUCUGGUUCCUUUGGG